AUGAGUUUGAAGAAGGUGUCGCUUGCCAAGCUCAAGAAGACGCUGCGUGGGCCUCAGGACCCAUUCAGAGUUGAGAAGAACGUCGAAACACUGGUGUACUUGGAAUGCAUCGUGUACCUGCGAGAACUGGCGAAACAAGCAACGGUGGAAGCACAACGCUCUCGCAUGAAGACGAUCCAAUCCGCACACAUCGCAAAGGCUGCCAAGGCAAUCGAGGCCAAGCUGUCCGUGGACUGA